AAAAAAAAUUGCUAAAAAACGCUUUUUUUCGGCUUCUAAAGCAGACUACUGCCUUCACCAUCCAAUUUCGAGAAUCUAUACAAUUCGUCAUAAUACACGUGUUACAAGUAACGCUGUUCCGAACUCUUCUUCUUCUUCUUCUUGACUAGCGUAGACACCGCUUACGCGGUUAUAGCCGAGUCCACUACAGCGCGCCACGCAUCUCUCCUUUUGGCAGUUUGACGCUAAUUGGUAACACCAAGUUAAGCCAGGCCUUUCUCCACCUGGUCUUUCCAUCCGAGUGGAGGUCGUCCUCUUCCUUCCACCAGUGGGGACUGCAUCGAACACUUUCAGAGCUGGAGCAUUUUCGUCCAUUCGAACAACAUGACCUAGUCAGCGUAGCCACCGUCUUUUUAUUCGCUGAACUAUGUCAAUGUCGUCGUAUAAAUCGUAUGAGCUAUCGUUCCAUCGUCUGCGGUAUUCGCCGUUGCCAAUGUUUAAGGGACCAUAAAUCUUCCGCAAAACCUUUCUCUCGAAAACUUCUAGUGUCGAACUCUAAAAGCUCCAAAUAGAACUGUUCAAGUAAAUAACGUGAAAUAACUAAAUCGGUCCACUACCAAACCCAAAUCAUAAACACCCCUAUAUAUUGUAGUUCACCAUCAAUAAAUGUGACAAAGACUUUACAUAAGAUCACAUUGAGGGAGCUGAAAAGUACGAUCUUCCGAUAUGUAACUCAAACAUGUUAUGAUAUAUUAGUUCACAGUUGAUACAUCCCUAAAUUAUUUGGAAAAUGCGUGGUCGCAGUCAUACUACACCACGCCGUCGUGGUCCAAAAUUACCACUACCGGCACCAUGUCGCAGUAACUACGAAGAGGUCUCAGAGUCACCAUAUUAUACGAUCGAUAAUACGGAAGAUAUUUAUGGCACCACACUCUUGCCGUCGCAACGCUGUUAUGUGGAUCCUUGGGAUUUGGAAAAUUACGACUAUGUCCGAAAAAAGCUGAAUUCACCACCAGUGCGCACAUCACCAGAGCCUUACUACGACACAUCAUUGUCGACUGGUCCCUAUUACAUGGCGCGCUCGCCGCCGCCAGAACUGCAUGAGGAGCUACCAGUGGUGCCACCAAAACGCAUGGCCGCAACCAUGCCACGAAAUCGACGUCGUUCCCAUUGGAAUGAGUCAUGUCAGCUGGGUUGUUGUGCAUCACCUGAACCAAUGCUGUCCCGUCGUCGGUACAAUGAUACGCGCAGUGAGCUUUAUGCUGUUGGCCGUGGCAAAUACGAUGAUUACAUGUCGCACGUUAUGAUGAAUCUUGAAGCCGAAGAGGAUGCAUAUACUGGUUAUGGGGGGGUCUCGUCAUCCUCUUCCACUGAGUUGCACAGCUCCAUUGGCGAAGAACCUUACCAAUCAUCGUCAGUAACUUCGAACAAAAAUUCUGGCUACGAUGCCAUAACUGGAGCAUCAUAUAGCAGACCUGCACCUCAGUUGGAGUUCCCAGCGCCUCCGUCGCUACCACCCCCUUCCCACUCACAUGAUUACACCAAUCCUUAUGCAACUCUACCAUAUGGCAGCGUAUCGGAUUGUUAUGAUUGCUCUAUGAUCUACGGCUCUUCCCCACCUGUAUAUGGUUUCUACGGUGGUAAUGGAGAGUGUAACACUAAAGGUAGUACGAUUUACGGCAGCACAAGACCGUCCUCCUCACUCUACAGCGGAAUUUACGGGCAUAAAUUCGGGUUGAGUAAAAAGGGGCUGCUUCAAAUUGACUAUUCAUGUAGUUGGAAUGAUCUGGAUCGUAUUAUGGGCCGUCACUUCUAAGAUACAGGAGCAGGAAAAAUCAAAUUUAUUAUAACUAUUCAUUAUAUUGAUUAAUCAAGUCGUUAUUGUUGUAAAAGUCAUAUAUGUGUAUAUAAUACAUCUUCAUUUAUACCGUUUUAUUAUUAUGAAAAUAUUAUAAUUUGUUAGGCGAAUAUUUCUUUGUAAGUCAUAAAUUACCAAAAAAUAAAUUUGUAUGUAUGUAUGU